UUAGUGAAUAAUAGUGACAAAUUUGCAUGAAAUUUUUUAUCUUGGAGAAGAAAAUGAAGAUCAAUUUUUGUUUUUAAUUUUUUAAUUUUGAUUUUUUAAUAGAGGAAUGGAAGAUGCUUGUUCUUUUUUCCGCACUACCUACCUGGCCAGGCUACCUACCUACCUACUGAUAACUUCCUGCUAACAGUCGUCACUUUUCUGUGAUUUCACCUCAAACAUUCUGAUUGUUCUUUGUCCCAUUUCCGAUUUCACCAUACUUUCUCUCAAAUUCCCGAAAUUCAAUUAUUUGUUCUUGAUUUAAUUUCCAGGAGGAAGAAGUGCUUUGUCACUACUCUCACUAGUGCUUUGUGAGGAUCAAUGCUCGUAGCUUUCAGGACCAAGCGAUUACGCAUUCAUUUUUUAUUGCUGUUUUCUACGAUAUUGAGUUCUUUGAGCAGUGGGCAUGCUGGGAUAAGUAGCGCCUACAUACGAUCAGAAUGGCCUUCUGUUGACAUCCCUCUUAAUAAUGAAGUUUUUGCAGUUCCAGAGGGUUUCAAUAUUCCUCAGCAGGUUCAUAUAACCCAAGGAGAUUAUGAUGGGAAGGCUGUCAUAAUUUCAUGGGUUACACUUGAUGAACCAGGCCCUCGUAAACUACAAUAUGGAAAAUCCAAGGAGUACAACUUUAGUGUUGAAAGCACUGUGACCAACUACACUUUCUAUAAAUAUAAUUCUGGUUUCAUUCAUUAUUGUCUUCUUGAUGGUCUUGAGUAUAGUACAAAAUACUAUUACAAGAUUGGAUCAAGUGACUUGUCUCGAGAAUUUUGGUUUCAAACACCUCCGAGGAUCCAUCCUGAUUCUCCCUAUACUUUUGGAAUCAUCGGUGACUUAGGUCAAACAUACAAUUCUCUUUCUACUCUCCAGCAUUACAAGCAAACUGGGGCACAAACUGUACUAUUCGUGGGUGAUCUUUCUUAUGCGGAUCAAUAUAAGUACAAUGAUAUUGGGGUUAGGUGGGAUUCUUGGGGCCGCUUCAUUGAGCCAAUUGCCGCAUACGAAUCAUGGAUUUGGACGGCUGGCAAUCAUGAGAUAGAGUAUAUGCCAGAUUUGGGGGAACUAACUAUGUUCAAAAAUUACCUACAUAGAUAUCCUACUCCUUAUGUUGCCUCCAAAAGCAGUAGCCCUCUCUGGUAUUCUGUUCGUCGUGCAUCUUCUCAUAUUAUUGUACUAUCCAGUUAUUCUCCAUUUGUUAAAUAUACUCCACAAUGGAUGUGGCUCAGAGAAGAACUCCGAAGGGUGAAUAGAGAAAAAACACCUUGGCUUAUUGUUCUAAUGCAUGCCCCUCUUUACAGCAGUAAUGUAGCCCAUUAUAUGGAGGGUGAAAGUAUGCGUUCUGUGUUUGAGAGCUGGUUUGUUCUGUACAGAGUUGAUUUUGUCUUUGCUGGCCAUGUCCAUGCUUAUGAAAGAUCAUAUCGAAUGUCUAACAUACACUACAAUGUAACAAAUGGUGAUCCGUAUCCUGUACCUGAUAAAGCAGCUCCAGUUUACAUAACCGUUGGAGACGGUGGAAAUCGAGAAGGUCUAGCUGCCAAGUUCUGGGAUCCACAACCUGACUAUUCUGCGUUUCGAGAAGCCAGUUAUGGGCAUUCCACACUGGAAAUACAAAACAGAACCCAUGCAAUUUACCAUUGGAAUCGCAAUGAUGACGGGAAAAGUAUACCAACAGAUUUUGCGGUAUUCCACAAUCAAUACUGGGCUAGCAACCUGCGUCGCAGGAGACGAGGAGGCUGAGAUAGGGAUGUAUCAAUUUUGGUACUGAUGUCAACUGUCACAGUCCUGUUAAACUCAAACAUUGAGGGAUGCACAUGAGUAUAUAGAAGCAGUUUCCAUUUUUUGAGGAGAGCAGCAGUAUUUAUAUGCUUCAGGAACUCCCACAUCUUACCUAAAUUGGACCUGGACGGACGGCUGGCUGAUCUAGGGUUUCGUGUAAUUUGCAACCUGGGUUGUAAAGCUAGUCAAGUAAAAUGAUAUGAUCUGUAUGCCCUUAUUAUUUUAGUAAUUUAAUUCUUUGUUUGUGUGUAGCUUGAAGUACUCUCAAUUUUUUAUUAAAAAAAUUAUGAAUAUAGACAUUGUAAUGUAACUAUUUCAACAAUAUAUAAUGGUAAAAAAUAAAGUCAAAAAAAAAAGUAUGGAGUAUCUAUCUCUAGCUAAUACGUAGUAUAUAAAGUGAAAUGGGGGGUUUUGGGUGAUAAAUUUUACUUUAUUAAAAUAACUCUUUUCAUCCUUUAAAAAAAACUACUAUUCA